UCGCAAUUCCUUUGACGGCUGAAAACUGAAAACACAAAAUCGAGUCGCGAAAGCAAACAGAAAAUAUUUGACAGCUUUCGCUUCGUAAACUUCCAUAAUCUCGUGACUGACAAAAGCAGUCGAGCCCGAGGGCGGCCGAUUCAGAAGAAUUCCGUUCUGCGAAUCGGGCGACGAGUUGGACACGCGAGAUGGUGAACGCGGGGCGGUGUCCGCAGUCGUCCAGCUUGACGUCGUCGAAACAACCGUGAUCGCGGUGACGAAGUGGCAAAAUGGACCAAGACAGGUCAAGUGUAAAGUCGAAUGACUCAGGGGGCGGAUUCGAGUUUGUGCAGAACUCACGUGAGGACCAGCCGGAGCUGAAGAUUGCCAACAACGGUGACCUGGAAGAGCUCAAGCUGAGUCUGAGCGAGGUGCUCAAAGAGGAGAAGACCAUGGAGGAGCAGGGGAAGCGGGUGGGCGCUAGUAAAUUCUACAUUGCCUCUCCACAGGAGGACAAGGAAGCUGACACUUUUUUCGAGGCGCAAGCUUUUGUCGGCCACGACGAUGGAGCCGAGUUCAACCAAAUUUCGUAUCUCGGCGCAGCCAACAUCAACGCUCCUAAAAGUGAGGCCGAAAUCCACCGAAACAUGGCCAUCCUCAAUAGGGAGCAGGACCAGGAUCAGUGCAUCCGGGUCAGCAUCAGGGUACCAAGUUGCUCUGCGGGAAGUGUGGUACUUAUUGAUGCAGCCACCAUGCAGAUUAUCACGUCGUAUGAAGUACAGCGUAUUUUGUUUUACGCGCACGGCAUUGCCGAGACGGAGGAAGCUGCCUGUUUUGCGUUUACUUGGUCGCACGGACACUCUCAGGAGUCUGCCAUUUUUCAGUGCCAUGUUUUCAGAUGUGACAUCCCUGAAGCUGUCCGCCAAGUCUCAACCUGCUUUGCCAAAGCAUUUAUGCGCUCGCUUCCGAGACCUCCACCGCCCUUGGUGUGCGACGAAAGCCAGGUUGAUUUAAAGCCGUCGUCUCUGCAGUCACCCGUAUCCACAAUGUCUGAACUUUUCACUUUUGAGCUAACCAUGGAGAUCAAAGAGGAAGACUCGAAGGGAGGCUAUUAUGUUGUGCCUAAAGACCGGUCGCAGUUCAAGUUGCGCGCUAACACCGAGAAGCAACUGUGCUUCACUGUCCACCAAGUAUCUUCGGUCCAUCAGCGAAUUCUACACAUAGAGCGUUGCUUUGGUGUCCUCGUCUGUCCUGGACGAAAUGUGAGACACGCAGACAUGCGCCUUUUGGAAAUGGUCUCAAUGGGGAGUGACUCGCCAUCAAACAAAUAUGUCAUAACAGGGCAAUGGGACUCAAAUGAUACAGCCCUGGAGAAAUUGAAUGUUGUCGAAGACCCGUCCGCCCCUGUCAAGAGCUAUGUGACUGUGGCCAUUGACCUCGUUAUUAGGGGCAUUCAAGAGCCAGUGAGGCUGCUGUUGGAAACCAAAGUCAAGGUUUUCCCAAAGAAUGAGCGUUUUUGGAAUCUCACCAAAAGACAGCUGGUGCAGCAGUUCUACUUGAAUCUGAAGGAGCUGCCUGCCUCGGACACUAAUGAACCUCAGUUCGAAGUGAUCUCUGUGGACACGUCGGGAGAAAUUGAUAGGACCAACAAGAGUCUCGGCAUUAGUUUGUCAGGACUGAUGAGCCUUCAGCUUGUAGACCCACUUUUGUCGCCCAGAGAAGAGAAAGAUGAGGAUUUCAUUGAAGAUGAAUUGUCAGACAAUGACGAGCCUAUGCUGAGUGGAACAGGUGAUGUUUCAAAAGACUGUAGUGAAGCACUGCUAGAGCAGUGGUCUGACGCUUUGUCCAAGUGGACACAGACUGGAAGCAAGCCUAAGCAAUUGAAUCAUCUGGUGUGCCAAGGCAUUCCUCACGCUCUCCGAGCCGAGGUUUGGCAACGGCUAGCUGGGUACAGCGACGAAGUGAUGGAGAAGUACAGGCUUCUGAUUGCCAAGGAGAGUAGCUGCGAGUCGGUCAUUCAGCGGGACAUAAAUCGCACGUUUCCAGCGCAUGACUUUUUCAAGAAGGCCGGCGGUCUUGGCCAGGACUCGCUUUUCCGACUCUCAAAGGCCUAUGCUGUAUAUGACGAGGAGGUUGGCUAUUGCCAAGGACUGAGUUUUCUUGCCGCCGCCCUGCUGCUGCACAUGCCAGAGGAACAAGCCUUCUGUGUGCUGGUGCAAAUUAUGUACCGCUACAAAUUGCGAGAUCUUUUCAAGGACGGAUUCGAGAAUCUCAACAUGCGGCUCUACCAGCUGAGCCGACUUAUGGAGGACCAGGUGCAAGACUUGUGGCAGCACUUCCAGGACAAGGGAGUCGAGGAGCACAUGUACGGCUCGCAGUGGUUUCUCACCCUCUUCACUGCUAAAUUCCCCCUGCACAUGGUUUUCCACAUUCUGGACGUUUUCCUUCUGCAGGGAAUUGAUACUCUAUUUCUUGUUGCCCUCGCUUUGUUAAUGUCCAGCAAAAAGGAAUUGCUGCAACUCGACUUUGAGGGGAUUUUGAAGUAUUUCAGAGUGAAUCUGCCUAAAAAGUAUAGAACGCCUAAAGCUUCGUCCCAACUGAUGAAAAAGGCCUGCAGCCUCAAUGUGAAGAAGCUGCAUAAAUACGAAAAAGAAUUCCUCACCUUUAAGAAUGCUCAAGACAAGGCUGACCAGUAUGGAAAUGAAUUGGAGCGGCUGAAGAGCGAGCUGCAGAUGUCUGAAGAGGACAGACUUCGGCUAGAGUCUGAAGUUACUCAAGUGAAGGACAUGAUCAAAAGGGAGGUUCAACGGGCAAAUGAAGAAAGGGAGAGGAACGAAGCCAUCAUAGCGGAGUACAAGCAGAUUUGCUCGCAGCUGAGUCAACGGCUUGAGGAGCAAGUCGAAGCUGGGAAAGACAAAGAAUCUCAAGGCCAACUCUGCCCCAAGUGCAAGGGAGAUUCUGUUGGCACCUGGGUGGACCCCCUGAGUGUAGAUGCUGAUCCUCGUCUUGUGGUUGCUCUUCAACGAGUGAGAGAGCUGGAGCUUGAAUUGGCCCAGACCAAAUUAGAACAUGUGGAGGCAGCGUGUCGAAAUCAGGAUCUGACACAUCAGUUAAAUGCAGCCAGCUCCGAGCUACAGGCUAGUAAGGGAUCUUGGCUGCACAAGACGUUGUCGUCCAUCAAAGAGGCGGCAAAGAAAGAUGGGAGCACCCUGCUUCCUGCAAGGAGAGAGUCCAAAGAUGGGAUGGCACGAGAUGCUGCUUAGAGGGUAGAAGUUUUCAAGGUCCAAUGCAGAAAUCCUUGCUGUUUAGUCAUAUUGCUUUGUGUAUCUGUUAAUAUUCACUUCUCUCAGUCUGUAUAUUGUUUCUUUGAGAUAGUUAAUUAACCAGGGACCGAAUGUCCCUGCAAUGUUUCCCUCCAUGUUUACUUGCUAGUCAAUGACUGAGGGCUAUUCAAUCACAAAUAAUAUAUUCCAUUAUACAUUUUAGUAGUAGUGCCAUGAUCAUUAACUAAUAAAAGCAAAUAGAUUUACUUUUUCUAUUAAAA